AUGGCCUUGAUGGAAGAGCAAAUUCGGGGUCUUGCUUGGGUUCAAAAGACCUUUAGUCUGGAGCCUCGGUGGACUGUGGAGCCCAAUCCUGAAGCCAUCAAGCGGACAGUCCAGUUGCUGAAGCCGUCAAGUACGGUGAAUUUUCUGGCCCAGGGCGCCUUUAACAAAGUCUAUGAUGUGGUAAUAGACAACGAGGUCUUCAUUAUGCGAAUUUCGUUGCCCGUUGAUCCUUACUGCAAAACUAUGAAAAACCCUGUGGGAUUUGAAUGGAUUUUCAUGACCAAAAUCCCUGGGAAGCCCUUGAAAGAGAUAUGGCGUUCUCCAUCAUUUGAUAGAAAGGAAUACCUGGUUGGAGAGCUUGCGUCAUACGCCCACUGCCUUUUCCAGAACAAAUUCUGGGGAAUUGGGAAUAUCUAUGGGGUAAAAUCUACCCUUGAUUCCAAAUUAGCUGAAAAGAUUUGGCCUGUGGGAAAUCCAGUAUACCCCAAAAGUUUAUCACUAUCUGAGAAGGAGAAAAUUCCCGACGAUUUGCUAGAUGUGGGCCGGAUUGUUUCUAUGGACUUUUUUGGGGGGUCGCGUAUCCUCCAGGACGUUGAUCGGGGUCGGUUUGGUUCAAGUAGAGACUGGAUCAUAUCGCGUCUUUCUCCAAGUGAGAAAGACAAUCAGUUGAUAUUGGAUAAUUUACCAUCCGGAGAUCUCGACAGUGACGAUGAAGCCGAUGCAGAUGAUGCUACGAGAACCCUGGAUAUUAUUGAAAAACUGAAAGGACUGCUUCCGUCUGUCUUUCCACCGGGUAGAGAUGACCCAGAGGUCUCAAUUCUAUUUCACGAUGAUCUCUCUAGCCGGAAUAUCCUUGUCCAAGACAGCGGAGAGUUGACCGCCGUUUUAGACUGGGAAUGUGUCUCGGUGCUUCCUUUGCGGAGUGCCUGCUAUUAUCCUGCAUUAUUGAAAGGUCGACCAAAAGGUCGACCACAACGUCUAGAGCCUGAUAUAGGGCGAUACAAACUUGAGACUGAGACAGAACCCUCCGAUCUUUACUGGGAACAUCUUUUGGAGUAUGAGCUCACUCUCCUCCGCGAGGUGUUUAUUGAUAGGAUGAGAAUACUGGCGCCGGAAUGGGAGGAUAUUUUUCAUAAAAGCCAGCGUCAAAGAGAUUUUGAUACUGCAGUGCACAAUUGCGACAAUGAGUUUAUUGCCCGGUAUAUACUUGCAUGGAUUGACGAUAUCACUGCCGAGGUAGAGAACCCUCGGAGCCUACGUGACAGAAUUGAUGAGUAUUAA